AUGAGUUCCCAGUCUGUAGUAUCUACUAGUUCAUCCAGCCCCAAGGGACAGAAACGUACACGGGCAGACAGUGAGAAGAGGAAAGACGCCAACAAAAAAGCUUACGUCCCCUCCUAUGUACAAGAAGGAGAGAAGUGUGUGGUGUGUGGUGACAACUCUACUGGGACACAUUACAGGGCUAUGACAUGUGAAGGCUGUAAGGGUUUUUUUCGUCGGACCAUUCAGAAAAGUAAUGGAGGCACUCCUGACUUGCUUUGUAAGAAGGAGAAACAGUGUGAGAUUACACCUGAGACAAGAAAUGCCUGCCAGUACUGCAGGUUCCAGAGAUGUCUGGCCAUGAGGAUGGACCCAGGAUCUGUGUUGAAUGAGAGAGAGCGACAAAAUCUGAAAGUAUUGAUUGACACCAAUAGAAAAGAAAGAAAAAAA